AUGAAAGUUAUUCAGCUUGUGAGACGAGCUAGAGAAGUUAUGCAGAUCAGGGGACUAUUUCUGCCCUGCGCUUUCUGUCCUUAUCUUUUGCUUCACUGUCUGACUCUACCGCUCCUCGAACUCAUUCAGAUUGCUCAGGCUGAACUCCAGAAAACAUGCUCCAGAACCACAAGUGAAAAUGUGCCCAGUGGAUGCCAACAUGUGUGUCAGUGUCGACCUCCUCCUCUACUUCCUCCUCCACCACCGCCUCCUCCUCCUCCAAGGCUUCCACAACUCCCUCCUGAAACUAAAUGCUGUGAGCAAGAAACUUGGUGGCAUUUCCUUGUUGUUAUUAUCAUUUCUGCAGUGUUUCUAUUUAUAGUUGUUAUCAUGUGCUACAAAGCAAUUAAAAGGAAACCACUGCGUAAGGAAGAAAAUGGGACUAGCAGAGUCGAAUAUGCAAUGACCUCUGAAACUGGUAAACAGCAGGACUCCAACAACGCAGUCGUAUAAUCCCUGCACAACCUCCAAGUCCAAGGAGGUAUUGAAAUGUGUUCUGUUUUUUUGGAUAAAAAGCACUGUCAGUGGGAGAUUGAACAGACUUCAUUUGGAAAGCAGAACAGACAUCAGUUUAAGCUGUGAAGAGAGAACCUUCAGAGGUCCUAGUCUUGCUGAUGUCACUCACAGUGUAAUCUGUCAAUCAGAGCAUUAAUAGAGGAUACCUAACCAUGGAAUAAUCAUUGCAUGUGUUUGCUGAAAAUCUAGGUACUGCUCUUCUUGAAUUACUGUCUGAAAAAACUGCCAAAGUGGAACUGUAUCAUUUGUUUUGGAUGUACAAUUUCACGGAGAAGAUGAGGUGGAAAACUACACCUGCAUGGUUUUCAUUUCCAAGAUAGAAUUUUUCUAUGAUUUAUUACAGGGAAAGGAGCCAUUUACAUCGGACACCCAAAAUGAAUGCAUGCACUUAAUAAGCUAACCCAGGAAAUACAGCUUUGGUAUCAGAUCUAUG